GCGCUUUUCGUAGACGUACCAAGAAACGGCUAAAUCUAUAUGUACUGAUGAAUAACAAUCUUAUUCAAUUGAAUUAAGACGAAAGACUUUCGUUCUAAGAUCCUAUACCAAUACUAAAUAACGAUUUUCAGGCUUUAUAAAGGUUAAUCACUUUUUGGAUGAGAAACAAAAAUAUUAAAAUAUACAGUGCAAAGUACAUGGAAACAUACGGUGAAAUAUUUCGCUCUGUAAUUAGAUCUGAAAGAGGUCGAAAUUGGAGAAAGGUAGUGAAAAAGUACGAAGAGCUUAUCUCUCAGUUAGUCAAAGAAAAAGGUAUUGACAACAAACCCUUUAGGAUGCUGUUAUAUGAAUGUCACAUGCUCUGUGGAGAAGCCCUGCAACAUCUCAGUCAAUCAUUGAAAGCGAGCAUCCACUAUGAAAAAGCAAUGAAGGCCAUCAGUACAAAGAAAGUUAACUGCUGUAUUGGCUGUGUAUCUGGAAAAACUCUUCACAUGCGUGUACCGGCACUCGCAAAGAUUGCACUAUGUCAUAUUCAGCUAGGAAAAUAUCGAUUGGCUUUUAAAUGCGUUCAGGAAGCUUUGGAACUGGACUCAAAAAAUGCAGACCUACAUUGCAUCAAAUCCUGUAUAAAUUUUCUGAUGAGAAACAUUCGAACGGCAGCCAAAUGUGCCAAUGACGCAAUAUGGCUAAAUCCCAGACAUGCCUGCGCAUGGCUGUUAAGGGGAAAGUUUAAAGAGAUUGAGAAACAAAGACCAGAUUUCAGACAGAACAAAGAUCUUGAAGUGGCCCGUGGUUUGGAUUCCAGUACAAUAUCCUGCUUUACGAGUGAUAUCGAUGCUUCAAGACUAAUCUACAUCCUAAAUAGAUACCUACCAUCUCUUCGAAUCUCGCAUACUGUCCGACCAGAAGACAUUUUUUAUCAUCCUGCGCAGCCCGGACUACCGAUGUUGAGACUCCAACAGACAAGAACAAAAAAGUGUCUCAGGCAAAAGACAUCUCCACCAUUUCUGUGUGGAAUGAGCUUAUCUUUUCAUAAACAAAGAGAGAGUUUAUUGAAUGAUGAAAGACAGUUGUCUGGCUAUAAAAGUGGUCUUUUUAAAGACUUACACUCUCGCAGGAUAGUGUCUCACAUGUCAAGCUCUCAUACCGUUAUAAACAGGCAACACAAUAAAAGCAACAAAAGUCACCAUGGUGAUCGAGUGCAGACACUAAAAUCAUGAAAUAGUAGCAAGCAAAUAGUGCUCAAUCAAUUAUAGCGCUAUAUAUAGUGACGACUAGUAUUUCUGCGAUUAGACAAUAGAAAAAUAAGGGAAUUCGCAUAACUCGCAUGAAUUUAAGGGUGCUUUCCAUUUAGGCAGAACUGGCCGGCCAGUCCACUCUAUUUAGAGGUAUAUAAUGUUUUUUGUCAACAUUUUUCAGUCAUUUCGAGGUUUUCUGUAGAAUAAUGGAUAGAAUUUGAAAAUGUGAAUUCCCGUAACUAAUGGGAAUGAUGACAUUUUCUCUGGGUCUGGCCAGCCAGUUCUUACAAAUGGAAAGCGCACUAAGAUUCGAAGGAUGAAGAUUUUAGUUUUAAGUAAUAUUUCGACGUUAUUAAAGUAGAAAUCAGCCGUGAUACUGCGAGAUUGCGAAGUUAAACACGACGUAUAAAAUGGGUGGGUUACCUAUACUAGGGGAAGCCGAGACUGAGAAUAACCUAGGGUGUCUUGUAAAUCUGAAAAGAAAA